AUGGCCGAGUGGGCAAAGUACCUGCCAAAGGUUGAGCGAGCCGGAGUCAAAAAGGUCCUCCUCGUUGGCUCUGGUGGGCUGAGUAUCGGGCAAGCAGGAGAGUUCGACUAUAGUGGUAGUCAGGCUAUCAAGGCGCUGAGGGAAAGCGGCAUCGAGACAAUUCUCAUCAACCCGAAUAUCGCAACGAUUCAGACUAGUCACCACCUCGCAUCUCAAAUCUACUUCCUUCCCAUCUCACCUGACUACGUUGCCUACGUCCUCGAGAAGGAGCGCCCGGAUGGUGUCCUCCUGACAUUCGGUGGACAAUCCGCUCUUAACGUAGGCGUCAAGCUCGACGAGAUGGGCGUCUUUGAGCGUCUCGGCGUCAAGGUCCUCGGCUCUCAACCAGACGUCCUCCGCAUGUGCGAGGACCGCGACCUCUUCGUGCAGGCCCUCGACCAGAUUAACAUCCCCGUCGCCAAGUCAGAGGCCGUCUCCUCUGUCCCGGCAGCUCUCAAGGCAGCAAAGGAGAUUGGAUACCCGGUCAUUGUGCGAGCUGCGUACGCGCUUGGUGGGCUGGGUUCGGGUUUCGCCGAGGAUGAGGAUGAGCUGCGCGACCUCAGUGCUCGCUCGCUCAGUUUGAGCCCGCAGAUCUUGGUUGAGAAGAGCUUGAAGGGAUGGAAGGAGAGCGAGUACGAGGUGCUGCGUGACCAGGAGGACAACGCCCUCAUCUGCUGCAACAUGGAGAAUUUCGACCCGCUUGGCAUUCACACUGGAGAUUCAAUCGUCGUGGCCCCAUCUCAAACCCUGUCAGACGACAACUACCACAUGCUCCGCUCUGCCGCGCUCAAGGUCAUCCGACAUCUGGGAAUCGUAGGCGAGUGCAACAUUCAGUACGCUCUGGACCCCAACUCGCGAGACUACCGCGUCAUCGAGGUCAACCCGCGUCUCUCUCGCUCUUCUGCGCUCGCGUCCAAGGCGACGGGAUACCCGCUUGCUUAUACGGCUGCCAAGCUCGCCCUGGGCCACACCCUGCCUGAGCUGCCCAACGCAGUAACCAAGACGACGACCGCCUGCUUCGAGCCGGCAUUGGACUACAUUGUCACAAAGAUCCCCAAGUGGGACCUUUCCAAGUUCCAACACGUCAACCGCGAGGUCGGCUCGUCGAUGAAGUCCGUAGGAGAGGUCAUGGCUAUUGGCCGCACAUUCGAGGAGUCUCUGCAAAAGGCCAUUCGCCAAGUCGCGCCCAACUAUGAUGGCUUUGAGGCGUACCACGCCCCCGCCGACCUUGACCGUGCCUUGUCUGUCCCUGAAGACACGCGCUUGUUCGCAAUUGCCCACGCCAUGCUCAACGAGGGCUACGACGUGGAGCGCCUCCACGACCUGACGAAGAUCGACCGUUUCUUCCUUUACAAGUUGGACAACAUCGUCCAGAUUCAUAGGCAGCUCAAGGAGCUUGGAUCCCUCUCCGCCGUUGACAAGGAGCUGAUGCUCUUGGCCAAGCAGCGAGGAUUCUCCGACAAGCAGAUGGCCAACCUCCUCUCCGCUGGCGGCAGCGCUGUGAAGGAGGCCGACGUGCGAAAGCACCGCAAGGCACUGGGAAUCACGCCCUUCGUCAAGAGGAUCGACACCGUUGCUGGAGAGUACCCAGCGCACACCAACUACCUCUUCACGACGUACAAUGCAAGCUCGCAUGACGUUGAGUUCGAUGAGCACGGGACUAUGGUGCUGGGCUCGGGCGUCUACCGAAUUGGCUCUUCGGUCGAGUUCGAUUGGUGCGCCGUCACCUGCGCUCGCAAAGUCCGCGAGAUGGGACACAGGACGAUUAUGAUCAACUACAACCCUGAGACCGUCUCGACCGACUUCGACGAGGCAGACCGCCUGUACUUCGAGGAGCUCUCGUUCGAGCGCGUCAUGGACAUCUACGAGAUGGAGGGUAGCGAAGGUGUCGUCGUCUCCGUCGGUGGCCAACUCCCGCAGAACAUCGCUCUCCGCCUCAAGGACACUGGCGUCAACGUGCUGGGCACCGACCCCAAGAUGAUUGACAAUGCCGAAGACAGGCACAAGUUCUCGGGUAUCCUCGACUCGAUUGGAGUUGACCAGCCUGAGUGGACCGAGGCGACCUCUGUAGCCAAGGCUAAGGAGUUUGCAAACAAGGUCAGCUACCCCGUCCUUGUUCGACCGUCCUACGUGCUGUCGGGAGCGGCGAUGAACGUCAUCUGGGACGAGUCGACGCUCGAGAACCAUUUGACUGCAGCGGCCGAGGUCAACACGGAUUACCCAGUCGUCAUCACCAAGUUCAUCGACAAUGCCCAAGAGAUCGACAUUGACGCAGUAGCACACAAGGGCGAGCUGCUGAUCCACGCCGUCUCCGAGCACGUGGAGAACGCCGGUGUCCACUCUGGUGACGCAACGCUUGUCCUGCCCCCCUUCAGUCUGGACCCCAACGACAUGGCUCGCCUCAAGACGAUUGCUCAGAAGGUUGCAAAGGCGUUUGAGAUCAGUGGGCCGUUUAACAUGCAGGUCAUUAGGAAGCCGGCGGGCGAGGGAGAGCACGAGGCAGCUCUGAAGGUCAUUGAGUGCAACCUGCGAGCGUCGAGGUCCUUCCCCUUCGUCUCCAAGGUGCUGGGUGUCAACUUCAUCGACAUUGCCACGGCAGCAAUUGUAGGCGAGCAAGUCCCCGCGCCGGUAGACCCCAUGGCUCAACAGCGCGACUACGUGGCCAUCAAGGUGCCUCAGUUCUCGUGGACUCGAUUGGCAGGCGCUGACCCCUUCCUUGGAGUAGAGAUGGCCUCUACCGGCGAAAUCGCUUCUUUCGGCUGUGACGUCGCCGAAGCCUACUGGGCUGCCAUGUGCUCUCAAACAGGCUUUCGCGUCCCCGAGCCUCGCAAGGGCGUCCUCCUCGGUGGCGACGUCAACAAGCCCGAGCUCGCACAGGUGGCUCGCCGCCUGUCCGACCUUGAGUUCAAGAUCCUCGUUACCGACUCUGGAGUGCAAGAGCACCUCAAGGAGGCUGCGGGCGUGAAGAGCACCAAGAUCUCGUUCCCUGUCAAGGACAAGCGCAAGCUCCGUGAGGUCUUCGAUGAGUGGGAUGUGCAAUUCGUGGUCAACCUGGCCAAGAGCCGCGCGCCCAACUUGCUCGACCAGGACUAUGUGGCUCGUCGCAAUGCCGUGGACUUUGGCCUGCCGCUGAUCAACAAUGGUCCCUGUGCGCUGCUGUGGUGUGAGGCGUUGGAGUACAAGAUGAAGCAGCCGGGAAGUGGCGGAUUGAGUGGAUGGGAGGAGGGCAAGCUGCCGCCAGAGGUCAAGAGCUGGAGGGAGUGGGUGCCGGAGAGCACGGCGUAG